CAAAGAAGAUUUACAAAGCGAGUAGAAUUGAGCAAUACGCAAUGUAUACUUCACAAGCAGUUCUACUUCUUCUUCUGGUCUCGGGAGAGGCAUUAAUCGACGCCACCGUAAUUAACGUCACUCAGCCAACGGAAUGGUGGCAAACGACAACGCUUUACCAGAUCUGGCCAGCUUCCUUUAAAGACAGUGACGGUGAUGGAAGUGGCGAUCUAAAUGGUAUCACCAGUAAGCUGGAUCACUUGGUCGAUAUGGGCGUUGAUGUACUUUGGUUGUCCCCCAUAUACCCGAGUCCCAUGGUAGACAGUGGAUACGACAUUUCUAAUUUCGUCGAAAUCAACCCAACCUUUGGCACACUUCAAGAUUUUGAGACCCUAGUCGCUACUGCCAAGAAACUUGGCCUCAAAGUAAUCCUCGAUUACGUUCCCAAUCACACGAGUGAUGAGCACGAAUGGUUCAUUAAAUCAAAGGCCGGAAUCGAACCGUAUACCGAUUAUUUCGUUUGGAACAAAGGAAUCGUAGUGAAUGGAACUCGGAAGCCACCGAACAACUGGCUGUGUGCCUUCAAUAGUGGUAGCGCAUGGGAAUGGGUCGAAGAACGUCAAGCUUACUACCUCCAUCAGUUCAGCGUUCAUCAAGUCGAUUUGAACUUCUCGAAUCCACGAGUAAUCCAGGAAACCAAGGACAUAAUGACGUUUUGGCUUGACCGUGGUGUUGAUGGAUUUCGGAUAGACUCCAUGCCUUAUCCAGUAGAGGAUUCCUCACUAACCGAUGAGCCUCUGUCUGGUUUACCCGGAUACUCGAAAGCUGAUUACUACUACCUAGACCAUAUCUAUACAAAGGAUCGAACAGAAAAUUAUCAGAUCUUGCAGACAUGGCGCGAGCACGUUGACAAUUACACAGCUACAGUUAACGACGGUGUUUCGAGGAUAAUAUUCACGGAAGCAUACGCAAAUAUUUCCUGCGUCAUGAAAUACUAUAAUUUCGGAUCAAACGUACCAUUCAACUUCUUUUUUAUCAAAGAUAAAAAUGGCAUUGAACCGGCCACAGUAAAUACGGCGACUGAUGUCGUGAAUAUCAUCAAUACUUGGAUGGAAAACAUGCCAGACGGGGCCACGGCUAAUUGGGUGUUUGGCAAUCACGACAACAGCCGUGUUGCUACAAAAUAUGGAUCAGAUCGUAUUGAUGCGAUCAAUUUUAUUCUGUAUUUGCUACCGGGUAUCGCUGUCACCUAUAACGGCGAUGAAAUCGGUAUGACUGACACUUAUCUUACGUGGGAACAAACUCAGGACCCGCAAGCAUGUAGCACGGAUGAAACUCGUUACCAAUUGUACUCUAGAGAUCCCGAACGAACGCCUUAUCAAUGGGAUAACACUACCAGCGCCGGGUUUUCAACCAAUUCAGCUACCCAACUACCGGUAAAUCCAAAUUAUUUAACGUUGAAUCUCGCGGCUGAAAAGGAGGCUGAUGUUAGCCAUUACAAAAAUGUGCAAGCGGCUAUUAAGCUACGAAGUAACGAGGUCAUACGCCACGGAAGUUUGGACACUCAAGUUAUUGGCGAAAGCGUGGUCGCUUUUGCUAGGGAACUUGAUGGCGAACAGCCGAUCGUAGUAUUGAUAAACUGGGAUAACAUCACAACCACGAUCAGUUUGGAAGUGUUCAAAAACAUUCCUAAUAAUCUGAAGGUUGUAAUAUCAGAUAUAAAUAGUGGUGUAACCGUAGGAGACGAGUACACGAAAACCCACAUAGAACUCCCGGCUAAUGCUGCAGUGGUGCUUCAAGGAAUUACAGACCAGUAAAGAGUUGACCCUGAGUUUGUCCAUAGUUACUUUAUUUACUUUAACACAUGAACCCAAUAAUCUUCACGU